ACCCAGAGCAGCUUUAAAAUUGAUAUCUACUUUACGUUUGUCGUUCCGAUUGUCUAGAAAGCAACUUUACGGCCAUGCCUGCAUAUCAUUCAUCUUUCAACGGUCAGCAAUACAGACUGCUGGCAAACAUGGCUCUGUUGCCGAUAAACACAACAUUCAAGGGUCCAGCACCGAGGGGCGAUGGUAGCAUGGACAUUGUCGAGGAAGCACUUUACUAUUUCAAAGCGAAUGUCUUCUUUAAGAACUACGAGAUCAAGGGUGAGGCAGAUCGAGUGUUGAUGUAUCUGACUUUGUACACCACGGAAUGCCUGAAAAAGAUGACAAAGUGUCGAACUAAGAAUGAUGCUCUGAAAGAAAUGAACACGCUAGCUUUGGCUAAUUUUCCGAUUCCCGGAGAUCCAAACUUUCCUCUCAACUCGUUUUUUACCAAGGCCAAAGACAGAGCAGAAGGAGAUCAAAUGGCUCAAUACCUGUUGCAACUUCGCCAGGAGUUAGGUGCACGUCUCGUCCCCAAAGUAUUCGAAGGUGAUAAGCCGAGCAAGUGGUGGCUGUGUUUUUCAAAGAAAAAGUUCAUGGAUAAGACUCUGGCUGCAAAAUGAGUGUAGAUGUGAGUGACCACUUUGUUAUGCAUGAACUGGAUUGUUAUAGAUUGGUCUGUAGAAGUAGACGUGGUGUGAUUAGGUGCUUGUUAGUAAACACUCUGGUAAAUGUGCAUUCAGUUUAUUUCUG